AUGCACAAAACCGCAAACAAUUCAAAACAAUCUGAAAAAUCCAGUAUUCAAGAAUAUUCUAAAGUCAUAGCCGGAGUUAAUGCCAUAAGAAUGAAUAAUAAAGCUGUUUAUACUAAAAGAAUCCUGCAUCUGUAUACUUCUGGAUGCACUUUUGGCAUCACAAACAAAGAAAAUGGAGCUCAUAGUGUUGCAGGAGUUCGUGAUAUACUUGAGAAGGAACACGUAUCAAAGGACUUUGAUGCAUAUGAUGAUGAUACAAUAUAUAUAUUGGAAAGUGUUUGUCUGCAGCGUAGAGAUGAAUGGGUUUGCUGUUAUAAUGGUACAUCUGAUUCAGAAUGGACAGUAGAUAUUACCAUUCUCAAAAACACCUGA